AUGGCAGCAGCGGCUCUUCUGCGGGAGGCAUUGCCGUCCCUUGACGAACCUAUUGUCGUGUAUCUGGAUAGGUACAUUGAAGAUGCUGGCGAAGAUCCUACUGUAAAUGUCAUGUCGGAUGUCGUGGAGCCGAUGCUAAAGUCGGCUGUGAUUAGCGAGCCCGCCAACUCGAAGGUGCGCCAAGCCUUGCCUGCCUUGAUCGAGAAGUUGGCAGUUAUGGUUGCUGAGCGUCAGCCAGAGACGUCAGCGAAGCAGCGUGGCCUUACGCGUCUUGAUAAAGUCGUGGAUAUGAGCAGCGCUACAACCAGCAGCACAAUGACAUACGAUGCUGGCAACGACUCUAUGGACUUGGCCCUCGGCAAGUCGAGUCGAAACCGUACUACUGUCGACGUAAAGAAACUCGAGCGUCAGGAAGCUAAGACACGCGCUAAGCUCGCCAAGCGUGCUCAGCGCGAUCUGUAUGAAUCGAGUAAGCUCGUGGAGAAUGUGAAAAAGAUGGCCUCGUACGAGGAAAUGUACAUGCAAGUCAACCCACUCGAGUCCAUUAGUGCUGGAGCUGCCAAGGGCAAGAACAAAGAUAUCCAUCUGCCGAACAUAGAUGUCAGCUUCGGCAGUCAUCGUAUUCUUACCAAUGCUGAGCUUACUAUGGCAUACGGACGCCGAUACGGUCUUGUUGGCCGUAAUGGUGUAGGUAAAAGUACCCUGCUUCGUCACAUGGCUAUGCGUGACGUGCCUAUUCCUACCAACGUAUCCCUGCUCUAUGUUGAGCAGGAAAUUGUCGGUGAUGACACACCUGCUCUCGAUGCGGUACUUAAGGCUGAUGUAUGGCGUGAAAAACUCAUGGCCGAGGAAAAGAGUCUCAAUGCGCAGCUGCAAGCACUUGAAGAGGCUGCACAGGCUGCUGUUGCAGCGGCUGAUGAAAACCAAGAACGGGAUGGUCUUUCUCGCGGCUCUGCUGUGGAUCUGCCUACCCGGCAGCGUGAGAACCAACGAGAUGAGCUCUUGUCGCGGUUGGGCGAUGUUCAAGCCAAAUUGGUGGACAUGGAGGCUGAAACUGGUCCCAGCCGUGCAGCCACUUUGCUCAAUGGUCUUGGUAUCGUUGGUCCUGACCAGCAAAAACCAACCAAGGCCUUCAGUGGUGGCUGGCGUAUGCGUUUGGCGUUGGCUCGUGCACUUUUCUGUAAGCCAGAUCUGCUUAUGCUUGACGAGCCGUCAAACAUGCUUGACUUGAACGCUAUUGCAUGGCUUGAAGAUUACCUAGUGAACGAAUGGUCGGGCACCCUGCUUGUCGUAUCGCAUGACCGUGCGUUCUUGAACCAGGUGGCCACGGACAUCGUGCAUAUGCACUCUGAGCGCCUUGACUACUAUAAAGGUAACUUUGAUCAGUUCUACGAAACGCGUGACGAGCGUCGCAAGAACCAGAUUCGCGAGUAUGAAGCCAAUAUGCAAAAGCGAGCACAUCUACAAGCCUUUAUCGAUCGCUGGCGCUACAAUGCGAAUCGUGCUGCUCAGGCACAAAGCCGCAUCAAGGAAUUGGAGCGUCUUCCUAUUCUUGAACCACCAGAAAAAGAGUCGGGCGAGCACUUCACGCUUCCUGAAACCGAGAAAAUCAGCCCUCCCUUGCUUCAGCUGGACAAUGUCACUUUCGGCUACUCGAAAGACAAGAUCAUCCUGAACCAUGUCAACUUUGACGUUACGAUGGACAGCCGCAUUGCUUUGAUUGGUAGCAAUGGUGCUGGUAAGUCCACUCUGAUCAAGCUUUUGAUCAACCAAAUCUCGCCAUUGUCUGGCGAUGCUAAGCGAAACCCUCGGCUUCGUGUAGGGUAUUUCUCGCAACAUCAUAUUGACCAGCUUGAUCUUACGAUGAGCGCCGUCGCGUUCCUCGCGUCGCGCUUCCCUGGCCGUACAGAGCAGGAGUACCGCCAGCACCUCGGCUCGUUUGGUAUUACAGGUACUACGGGCCUGCAAAAGAUUGCUACACUGAGUGGUGGUCAAAAGAGUCGUGUUGCUUUUGCUCAGCUAAGCUUGAUGAAACCCCAUGUUUUACUUCUAGACGAGCCCACCAACCAUCUGGAUAUUGAAGCCCUUGAUGCACUGAUUGAUGCUAUCAACCGCUGGAAUGGAGGCGUUAUUGUCGUGAGUCACGAUGAGCGCUUCAUCAACAGCUGCCUGAAAGAAAUGUGGGUAUGCGACAAUGGAACAGUGUACAAGUUCCAGGGCAAUGUCUCGGAGUACAAACGUGUCAUUGUCGAAUCCAACCGGCGCAAGCUCGAGGAGGCUGCACGCGCGUCUGCCUAG